AUGCAUCUGAUUCCAUGUGGUGUUGAUCCUUCAUAUAUGAAAAAGAUGCUUAGUGAUGAGCAACUGUGGCGUGCUGUUUUCACAUAUACUUGUGAAAUCGCUGGGGCUUUGGUUUCUGUGCAUCUGAUGGCGAAAUUAAAAUGCGGGGACACUGGGAGUCUGUCUGUAGCAUUAAUUGAUAAGAUCCAUAUCUUGUCACAAAAGUUGUGCAGUCUGCCUGCCUUCAAUGAAUUGUCAAGUCAAUACACGGAGCGGGGUUACAGUGAAGGAAAGGAACUACACAGUUUAAUACUCAGUGAUCUAUAUUACCAUCUGCAAGGGGAGCUUGAAGGUCGUAAGAUUGACCACAGACCAUUCAAAGAGCUCUCCCAGUAUCUCCUAGAGUCAAACCUUUUGCAUACAUAUUCACGUCAGUAUGAUGGAGAUGUUGUAGCACAUGCCAAGGAUGUGCACUUAUUUGAUUCCAUUCGCUUACGAGCUGAUUUAGGUUUGGAUAUAUGGGAUCUUUCAGAGUGGAAAACAUCUAAAGCAGUUGCAGAAACAAUGUUGCUCCGCUUGCAGGAUGUGAACUCAAUGGUGUUGCUGGCAAGUUCCAAGCUUUCGGCUCUAAAAGCAUUGAUUGCUAUUUUGUCCGUGCAUGGAAAAGAUUCAAUUGAGAAGAACAGCACAGUUGAUGGGAAGAUUCCUGAGCAGCUAAUAUUGUCAAGCAUCGAUCACACAUGCCAGUGUCUCCAUGCCACUAUAGAAUUAUUAGCUCCAGUUCCUCAUGCUAGUGAAGACAUCCUUGAUUUCCUGGCUGCUCAAGCAGAACUACUACUACAUCUUAUUGUCUCCCUAUACAAAAGGUUGUCCUUACCUGCUAGUGUGCACAUCUUGAAAACCUCGGGUUAUGGCCUCAAAGUGUUGAGUGGCUCCAGGCCAGGAGUUGCUGGUGGCAGAACAACAAUAAGGGUUUUACUUGUGUUGCUCCUCUUGUCAGUUGACUUGAUUAGAUUGAAUUCAGGUUCAGAUGAGGGGACUCGGAUGGAAUCUGUUGAAGUUGUUGCUGAGGCAUCUAUUGCAAGUUUGGGGCUAUUACCCAUUCUUUGCAACUGUAUUGAACCUGCUGACAACUGUACCCUAUCCCUGACUACUAUUGACUUAAUAUUGAAAAGUUUUUCAACACCUGCUACUUGGUUCCCUAUCGUGCACAAACAUCUCCAGUUGCAGCAUUUUGUUCAGAUGCUUCAAGAUCCGAAUUCAUAUGCAUCUGUUCCUGUAAUUUUGAAGUUUCUUUUGACACUUGCGCAGUCAAGAGAGGGGGCUGAGAUGCUUCUUAAUGCUGGUUUCUUUGCAUCUUUGAGAGUGUUGUUUGAUGGUGUACGAGAUGAUAUACCUUUAUCUGUGAUUCAAAGAGAGAGGAGUCUUUCCAACUCUUCUGAAAAAAUUGAAAAGCCUCAGUGCAUUUGGGGACUUGGCUUGGCUGUAGUCACAGCGAUGAUUCAUUCUUUGAGAGGCAGUUCUUCUGGUACAGGUGUCGUGGAUCAUGUGAUGGCUUACUUCUUUUUGGAGAAAUCUGACGUGAUUUAUUAUUAUCUAAAUGCACCAGACUUUCCAUCUGAUGAUCAUGACAAGAAAAGAGCUCAUGCUCCGAAAACACCAACAUCUCUAAAUGCUCUUAAAGAAACAGAACAUACCCUCUUUCUAAUUUGUGUGCUUGCAAAACAGCGCAAUUCUUGGCUUAAGGUCAUGAAAGAAAAGAAUUCACAGUUGAGGGAGAGAAGUAUUCAUCUAUUGGCCUUCAUUAGCCGAGGUAUCCAACAUCUUGGAGAAUCUCCCAACCGGAUAACACCAAUGUUGUGCCAUCCAAUCCUGAAAGAGGAGUUUGAGUGGUACAAGAAGCCACCAUUUAUUAAGAGCAGAAAUGGCUGGUUUGCUCUUUCUGCUUUUGGUUGCGGGCUUAAUCCCAAGUUUUCUGCUUUAUCAACUCAAUCUACUGCUCUAGUGAUCAAGAACCAGGCUACUGGUAACUCAGAGCCAGCUCCUCAAACAUAUUUCUCAGACACUAUGGCAAUACAGAUGUACAGAAUUGCAUUUCUUCUUUUAAAAUUUCUUUGUUUACAAGGUGAAGAUGCUGCUAAAAGGGCCGAGGAAGUGGGUUUUGUUGACCUUGCUCAUUUUCCGGAACUUCCAAUGCCUGAUAUCUUGCAUGGCUUGCAGGAUCAAGGGAUUGUUAUAGUCACUGAAUUGUGUGAGGCCAACAAAUUGAGGCAAGUUCCAACUGAAAUACUGGGAGUAUGUAUCUUACUGUUGCAAAUAACAGUAAUGGCUCUAUACUUGGAAUUUUGUGUAUCACAAAUUUGUGGAAUAAGACCUGUUCUGGGACGUGUUGAAGAUUUCUCAAAGGAACUCAAGAAGUUUUUAAGAGCAACCACGGGACAUGCAUUCUUGAAAGACUCGGUGAAGACCAUAAAACGGAUAAUAUCGUUUUUAUAUCCUGAAUUGGUAGAGACUGAAGGCUUAUUGUGA